GAGACGGCGGCCGUCGAGUACGAGGUCAAGAAGAGCCGCUUCGUCGCGCGCGCGGCGCCGGCGACGACCUUCGAGGAGGCCGAGGCCUUCAUCGGGCGGCACGCGGACGACAAGGCGCGGCACAACUGCUGGGCGUGGUUCGGGGCCGCGAGCGCGCGCCAGUCGGACGACGGCGAGCCGACGGGCACCGCGGCGCAGCCGAUCCGCGCGGCCAUCGAGGGCGCGGACUUCGUGGACUGCGCGGUCCUCGUGACGCGCUACAAGGCGUCGACGGCGCCGAAGCUCGGCGCGGGCGGCCUCAUCCGCGCGUACGGCCAGGCCGCGCGCGACUGCCUGAAGACGGCC